AUGAUACAGACGGAUGUGAUUCGUAAACCGCUAACAGCGAUUGAUAUGAGAGGUAACUUUGAUAAUGCGUUGUGUGCGUUUUUGAAUAAAGAGCGAGAGCAGCAAUUUAAGGAUGAUGUAGCCCAAUUAUUUACUAGUGAUUGUUAUCUAACGAUUACGUACCAAAUUCCUAGUGACCAGCAAGACAAAACAAUCCAAUUUUUUGUAUCAGAUGAGCCUACAGAUGGUAGCUUAACACGUAGUCGUAUCCGCGAUUAUUUUCUUGAGCGUUUAAGCCAAGUAGAAGGAGUGCUGAAGAACUUAUUUUUUGAAUUUCGUCGUUUAUCCCCAACAGAACUACUAACGUACCUAAAGUGCUGUAUAGAUGGAGAUGAUAGCCCUGUAAGAAUCAAUGCUAAUGGUCCAUAUUUAUCUUAUUAUCUGGCGAGUAAAGAUUUUUAUGGGGGUCGAAAACCAACGAUAGGAGACAAACAUAUACGUACGAUUGGUAUCCAAGGUUUUCCUGUAGAAAGUAGUCCACAGCUAUUGUCGGUUUUACAUAGUCAACCCUUAUCCUAUCGUUGGCAUCAGCGUCUGAUUUUUUAUAGUCCAGAAGAUGCUAAAAGAGAAGCCAGUAGGCGUGAGAAAAAGUGGUAUCAAAAGAGACAGACAUUAAUUGGUCAUCUAAGAGAAGAGGCGUAUGGAGAUGUUGGACGUACGGAGAAUCAAGCAGCAGUAGAGAUGUCAGAGGAUGCUAUGCGAGCAGUCCAUGACAUUGACCGUGGUGAUAUUAGGAUGGGAGCGUACAGUACAGUAGUGGUUGUGAUGCAUGAGAGUUCUGAUGUUGUGACGGAGCAGGCAGCAUUUGUUCGAGACACCUUUGAGGAGCUAGGAUUUCCAGCACGUAUUGAGUCACUCAAUGCUAGUCAAGCGUAUUUAGGAUCCUUACCAGGAGAAUCUGAAUGGAAUGGUCGUAAGAGUCUGAUUAAUACGGUUCAAUUUGCUGAUUUGAUGCCAACAACGACACUUUGGGCAGGUCAUAGGUAUCAUCCAAAUGAUACCUAUCCAAGUUAUAGUCCCCCGUUGAUGCAUACGGUAUCAACAGGAUCUACCCCCUUUAGGUUAACGCCCUUUGUGGGAGAUGUAGGUCAUUUUAUUGUUUUGGGACCAACAGGUAAGGGGAAGACCGUAUUGAUGAAUCAGAUAGCGGUAAGUUUUAACCGUUAUCAGCAGGCGGAACUGUUUGGGUUUGAUAUCAAGCAUGGUCUAUUUGUAACGACAAUGGCAGCAGGUGGUAACUAUUAUGAUUUGUUAGCGUCAGAUUCUAAACUACAAUUACGACCAUUAGGAUACCUAGAUGAUCCUGAGGGUUUACUGUGGUCCCAGCAGUGGAUUAAGGCUGUUCUAGCGUUAAAUGAUUAUCAAGUAACAGCAGAAGACAAUAACGAAAUUAUAGAGUCUCUCAAAUCUUUACGUCAGUCACCGACACGUACACUCAGCGAGUUUGUUCUACAGAUACAGAAGCGGAUGAUCCGUGAUAUCUUUGUGCAAUAUACAAGACAGGGUCCCCUAGGAAUGUUACUUGAUGGAGAGCAAGACACUGUUAGUGAAAGUCGCUGGAACAUCUUUGAGCAGGAGAAGUUAUUAGAUCUUGAGGAGCGAUUUUCAGCACCGAUUCUAUUGACCUUAUUUAAUAUUGCUGAUCGUAGGAUGCAAGGACAGCCAUUUUAUAUGCCCUAUGAUGAGGGAUGGCAAGCGAUACGUAAUCCAUUAAUUGCCACAAAGUACGAAGAAGCCUUACGUAAAUUCAGGUCAAAAAAUGCAGCAGUUGGAAUGGCAACACAAAGUGUAGCUGAGAUUAUUGGUAGCUCUUUGAAGCCAGUCAUUUUAGAAAACGUGCCUACAAAAAUAUUCUUAAGUAAUCCUGCGAUUUAUGAUCAUCGAGAGCUAUAUCAGGAGAUAGGCUUAUCUGAGCAAGAGGUAUCACUGAUUAGCCAUUUAGUACCGAAACAGCAGUAUUACUAUCGUAGUGAUGAUGGACGACGUAUCUUUGAUUUAGAUUUACGAGCAGUUAGUUUAGCAUUUGUUGCAGCAACAUCGAAGCAAGAUGUUCAGAGAUGUAAGCAGAUGAUGGCUAUGCAUGGUGAUGCUUGGGUUUCGUUAUGGCUAGAGUACAAAGGUAUUGAUCAAGAUUGGAUUCGGUAUUGGAAUCAGAUCCGUAAGGGUGAUCUGGAAUGA